AUGGUCUAGGGUUCCAGGAUUUCAGGAAUCCGUGGAAAAUUCAUAUUUCAUUGUUGAUCCUUUAAUUGGUUUUUAAAAAAUCUCAAAAAAUUGGAGAUCCGCUGCCUCCAUACCAAGUGCCUGUGUCUGGCAGAGCCGGUGUGAGACCAAGAGACAAUCCUUCCCCGCCGUCCGGAUAAUCAAGAGUUUUGGCCAGACCUCUGAGCAUACACCGAGAGAGGGAGAGAGGAGCCAGACUAAAAGCACAGACUAUGGCGCUGAAACGGAUUAAUAAGGAACUUAGUGAUUUGGCCCGUGACCCUCCAGCACAAUGUUCUGCAGGUCCAGUUGGGGAUGAUAUGUUUCACUGGCAAGCCACAAUUAUAGGACCUAAUGACAGCCCAUAUCAAGGUGGUGUAUUCUUUUUGGCAAUUCAUUUUCCUACAGACUACCCCUUCAAAUCACCUAAGGUUGCAUUUACAACAAGAAUUUAUCAUCCAAAUAUUAACAGUAAUGGCAGCAUUUGUCUCGAUAUUCUAAGAUCACAGUGGUCUCCUGCUUUAACUAUUUCUAAAGUUCUUUUAUCCAUUUGUUCACUGCUAUGUGAUCCAAACCCAGAUGACCCCCUAGUGCCAGCAAUUGCACGGAUCUAUAAAACAGACAGAGAUAAGUACAACAGAAUAUCUCGGGAAUGGACUCAGAAGUAUGCCAUGUGAUGCUACCUUAAAGUCAGAAUAACCUGCAUUAUAGCUGGAAUAAACUUCAAAUUACUGUUCCUUUUUUGAUUUUCUUAUCCGGCUGCUCCCCUAUCAGACCUCAUCUUUUUUAAUUUUAUUUUUUGUUUACCUCCCUCCAUUCAUUCACAUGCUCAUCUGAGAAGACUUAAGUUCUUCCAGCUUUGGACAAUAACUGCUUUUAGAAACUGUAAAGUAGUUACAAGAGAACAGUUGCCCAAGAUUCAGAAUUUUUUUAAAAAAUGGAGCGUGUGUAUUAUGUGGCCAGUGUCUUCACUCUGACUUGGUUAUAGACUAAAACCAUUCCUCACUGCUCUGACAUGCUGGAGAAAUCAUCUGAGAGGGAGGGAGAUGGAUGCCCAGUUGUCACAGCAAAGGAAGCAGCGUUAUUCUAGCAGCAUCCAUCCUUGUUUAAGCCUUCCACUGUUAGAGAUCUGAGGUUACAUGAUAGGCUUUAUGCUCAUAACUGAUGUGGCUGGAGAAUUGGUAUUGAAUUUAUAGCAUCAGCAGAACAGAAAAUGUGAUGUAUUUUAUGCAUGUCAAUAAAGGAAUGCCCUGUUCUUGUUCUACAGAGAAUGGAAACUGGAAGUCAAACACCCUUUGUAUUCCAAAACAGGGUCUCAAACAUUUUGUAAUUGUCAUUUAAAUUGUUAGGAGGCUUGGAGCUAUUAGUUAAUCUAUCUUCCAAUACACUGUUUAAUAUAGCACUGAAUAAAUGAUGCAAGUUGUCAAUGGAUGAGUGAUCAACUAAUAGCUCUGCUAGUAAUUGAUUUAUUUUUCUUCAAUAAAGUUGCAUAAACCAAAAAAAAUCUCAAAAAAUAAUUUUA